CAUCAAAAAAAGGACGUCUCAUUUGACUUCUUUUUUUCUCAACCAAAAUUUCCACACAAUAUAUAAACACUAAAAACCUCUUCUCUAGCCACAUUCUCAUUUUUUCUUCCAUUUCUCUUUCUUCAAAAUCUUUUCAUUUUUCUUCAUCUUCCCUCUCCCACGCUACAAUGGCGGAUGCUCAAACACAAAUCGAAUCUAUCAAGAAAUGGGUCAGCCAACACAAACUCCGCACUGUUGGUUGUUUGUGGCUUAGUUGUAUUACGGGUUCAAUUGCGUAUAAUUGGUCUCGACCUAACAUGAAAACCAGUGUUAAAAUCAUUCACGCCAGGUUGCAUGCUCAGGGUUUUACACUGGCAGCAUUAGCCGGGUGUGCAUUGGUAGAAUAUUAUGAUCACAAGUCUGAUGAAAGGGCUGCAAGGGAUUCUAGGCGUUGAAUUGAACGCAGUUAGAGUUCCUGGAAUUCUUUAUACUAGCGGUUCUUUCUAUCUGAGAUGUCUCUAUUAGAAUCACAUGGAUUGCAAAUUAGGGUAGAAAUAAAAUACUAUGAUACAGAUUUUAAUUGCCGGGGAUAAUUUCUUGUUGCAUAUCCCAUUGGAUUAAUUUUAGUUCAAUACCAGUUUUGUUCAUUUUAAAGCGAGAAACAAUGGCUAUCAAUUCUUGAUGUGAAAGUAGGCUAUUGAUAAAUGUGUGGUUCGUUAUGUAUUAAUCGUUUAUUUAUUACUUGAUAUUUAAUGUUUGUUAACCACACAAGAAGUUUAUUUCCA